AAAAUUAUAGGAGGUAUGGCUUUAUUGGCAACUGCUACAGUCGCCUUUAAAACUAUUAAUACUCAAAUUCGCAAUCGCAGUUUUCUACCGCUGCAAAAGCAUCUCUCGCUCUCUUCUUCUCUUUCUUCUUUUUCGUUCUUCAGAACUGUUUCUGGCAGAGCAAUGGAGUUGGAGCGGAAGAAUUCGACAGUGAUUGACGAGAAUGGAGUUCUUAAGAAAGGUAUUGCCGAGUUCUACGACGAGUCCUCUGCUAUUUGGGAGGAUAUUUGGGGAGAUCACAUGCACCAUGGCUUUUACCCUCCCGAUUCUACUGUCUCCCUCUCCGAUCAUCGUGCUGCUCAGAUUCAAAUGAUUGAACAAGCUCUUCGAUUUGCUUCUAUUCCUCUAGAGGAUGAGAGGAAAUGGCCGAAGAAGAUAGUGGAUGUUGGAUGCGGGAUUGGGGGAAGUUCAAGGUAUCUGACCCAAAAAUUUGGAGCUACAGCCGUGGGUAUUACUCUCAGUCCUGUUCAAGUUCAAAGGGCUAAUGCUCUUGCUGCUGCUCAGGGUUUGGCCAACAAGGUUUCGUUUCAAGUGGCAGAUGCUUUAGACCAACCAUUUCCCGAUGGGCAAUUCGAUCUUGUUUGGUCCAUGGAAAGUGGAGAACACAUGCCUGACAAAGCAAAGUUUGUGAGUGAGUUGGCUAGAGUAGCUGCACCGGGUGCCACCAUAAUAAUAGUAACAUGGUGCCACAGAGAUCUUGGCCCUGAUGAAGAAUCCUUAAAGCCAUGGGAAGAAAAACACUUGAAGAAGAUAUGUGAUGCAUUCUAUCUUCCAGCAUGGUGUUCAACUGCUGAUUAUGUUAGAUUGCUUGAGUCCCUAUCAUUACAGGACAUCAAGUCAGAAGAUUGGUCUCCCUAUGUUGCUCCAUUCUGGCCCGCUGUGAUACGGUCAGCAUUAUCAUGGAAGGGUCUUACUUCACUCUUGCGCAGUGGAUUGAAAACCAUAAAAGGAGCUUUGGCUAUGCCAUUGAUGAUAGAAGGAUUCAAGAAGGAUCUAAUUAAGUUUGCGAUCAUUACAUGCAGGAAGCCUGAAUAAGAGGGGGCAGAUCAGUUUAUGAUAGAAUUAAACGGGU